GUAUCCAAUCACGGAAGAGUCCACUGUUUUGAGGUUGAGGAGCGAGGAUGAGACUCAUGGUGGUCUAGUUUCAGGCACACAAUGGAGGAGUGCCAAGAUUUCUCCCUUUGUGGUAAAGCAGCUGUGACCGAAACUAAUCUGAGAGAUGAGUACUAUUGGAAGCUGGUUGCAGAUUUCAUUGGUCCUCAGUCGGGAGAAGGAUUAGAGCUUGAGAGGGCACCAUGCAAGAACAGACUUUUGAUCCAAGUAGGACUUCUGAGAGAGGAUAAUAAUUUUCCUUGGAUUGCUAUUUUAGAUUGGCUCAGGAAAAUUUUCCCCAGUCAUCAGUCAGCUGACUUUCGUCGUUUGAUUGAAAGAGGCAUUGCAACAACACUUAGUCUGGGAAGUGAUGCGAGGCUGACUUUCCUGGAAUCAGAGGUCAACUUUAACUUUGUUGGGCCAAUAUGUGAUAGCAUCGGAGUUGAACGAGAACAUCUCUUGGAACUGAGGGAUUUUUCAGAGCGAGCACAGUCAAUUGAAGUCACAAAUGGAUUGAUUCUUGAGCUAAGUGGCUUCAUCACCAGGGAGAAAAUUGCCCCAGUUGUUUUAGUUACUUGGCUUAGAAACUUCAACCCCGAGUACUGUAAGAAUGGGGAAAUUCAAAAGGCAUAUAAAGCCCUCAGAUCCAAGAUCAAAAAAUUAAAACUGUAUUGCCGCAAUUACGAAACAAGAAGUCACAGGAGGAAUGUGGCCAUGGAAAAUCUUCUUCAAACUCCUUUUGAACUUGUGCGGAAAAAAACACCUAGAUUUUUUGUGAAGAAACGCAUGAAAAAAGAUGACACGACAAAUUAUGAAAAAGUUGUAAUCAAGGAGGAAUACGAGCCCGCUGAAAUCAUACCAGGUGAGCGUUCUGAGAUGAACAGGGGAGUUGGUAGAGAAAGCGAUAACAAAUUGGAUGUAUCCAACAGUUUUAUCACUGAUAAAAAAGAGGCCCUGACCCUGCUUGACAUUGCAAUGCUGUCUGUCCAAAAGCUGUCAAGUAUGUAUGGUGGGAAAACCACUGCAUGCAAGCAGGUUUCCUUAGAUCUCCUCCGAAAUCAGUAUAUUCUAACAUGUAAGGAGCAUCCAGCCAUGGCAGAGUUUGAGAAAAAAAUCAACUCACUCUGUGAAGACAUUUCACUUGCCUCUCCUGUGGUGUUUUUAAACUCUAACGCUAGUUUCCUUGUUGACGUUCAUGAUGCCAUUGAGCAGCAGAUUAUGAGCUUUGAAAAAGAGAUUGUUCUAUCAACGGAAGAGAAACUGGGCCGGGACAAGCUUCCCGAAUUCAAGAACUUUGUGAAUUUGUCAGAAAGUGCAACUUCACGCUACAUUCACAUGGCUUGUGAUAUCCUAAGCCCUCGCAGCCCUAGUAAGCAAAACUAUCAAAAACACUGGGUAGCUUUCUGUGAAGAAAAGAGAAAUCCCUCCAGAGUUGCAGUAAAUCAGUCAAACCGAUUCAACAGCUACUUUGAAGCUGCAGCAGGCCUUGUUCACCAUCACCAAGAGAUCGCUCUUUUCUUCUCUGAUUUGCUGACGCUGGAAAACGACAAUUUCCCAAACGUUAUUCUGGAGAGUGUCGCUGCUGAUGCCAAUGAUUCUGUGAUACAGAGCCUUGUGUGCGUUUUGGCCAUCAUUUAUUGCAAAAUCCUUGGUCCUUACUGGCAGCUUCUGAAAAGUGAAGGAGAGUACUUGCUCUUCAGCCAGUACAUGCUCUGUCUCUACCAAAAGUUCCUUGAUUGGUCCAAAGAUCCUUCAACACUGCUGGAACCUGAAGAAACCACAAAUGUUUUUCUGCAGUUUCCACAGCAGGAGAAAACCUUUGAUGGAGUGUUUCAUUACUGUGGCCAGUGGCACACAAACAGGGACCUAAUCAGAGCUUGCUUGAAGAGGGUAUUAAAGGUGAUUGCUGCUGUCACUGAUGAACACCUGAGGGAUUUUCUGCCAGGAGGAACAUUUUCUCAAGUCCCUUCCCCAGAUUUGAGCUUACAACUGGCAAGCUGCACAUUCUCCGUUUUGAUGGCAGAAUAUCCUUUCAGCCACGUGCACUCGGAAGACAAGAAAAGACCUGACAAGUCCUUCAAGAACGCGUCAUUGAGUAGCUGUCAGGAGGAAGAUGACUGGUCCGGUUCAUCUGAUGGAAGCUCUAAUGAGUCUUCUGGAAGGCAAGCUGAAAAGGACACCCACACUGGCCAAAAACAUAACUUCAGUCCCAAGGUAAAGAAAGGCUACAAAAUUAAAAGAGAAAAGGCAGAUAGGGAACAUGAAAAAGUGCUUCACGAGAACGUACAUAGAGACUACAUAAUAGCUACAGUGAGCAGAAACGGAGGGCCGUGCAAGACUCAGCAGGAUGUCGACAAAAUGCUGGUCCGUUUUGAUGGCAAAUCUCGAGCGGAGAAACGGGAAGCACUCCGUUGUGAGAUACUGUACCAGAAAAUGAUUCUGAACAACACAGACCCACACUUAGACUGUGUUUUCCACAACAGCACACAAAUGGUGAUAAAGCUGAAGCUUGCCCUUCCUCGUGUUAAACCUGGGUAUUCUCUUGUUUGGGCACCCAGAAAGACAAAAAUCAAGCCAGUGUCUCAAGUCACAACGGAUGCUGCAACUAAGCAAGAUGAAAUGAGCCACGCAUGAGAGCUUUCAUUACAUCUAAAGUAUUAUACUGAGGCAUAGAGGACGAUAAAUGAGUUGGAAAGUAAGGAGAAGGGAGUUGGGUUAACAUGUGACAUCCUCAUAUGAUUCUGUGUUUACAGACUAAGUAGAAAUACACACAGUGACCUCAAUCUUUGCACACAAAUACUAUGUAAUGUAUGAUUUGUAUAUGCCAGAUGGAUUUGUCAUACGUAAUGUACAUACUUUAUUUUCACUGUUUAUUUUCUGUAUUUUUCUAGAAAGUUAACUUUUUUGUUGCUGAGAGGUAAACUUUUUUAAAAAUACAAGAUUAUAUCUAUUGUGAUCAUGCAGUCAACAAUAACUGUUCGCUUAAAAUGUGUCAUAACUACCGCUGACAAAAUAAACAUUUGCUCAUAACUUGCUGAUAACUACUUUCAAGCUGUGUGAUAAACAAAAUUCAUUGAGACGAGGUUUCAGUGUAGUGAAAGUCAGUUCAGCUUUGGUUCAAGUUCAUGACUUGAAUUUCCCUCGGGAUCAAUGAAGUAUCUAUCUGUCUAUCUAUGACUGUAUUUUUCACCAUCAGUCAGAUUUUGGUUUUGUCAGCCGCAUAAUAAGCCUUGUGUUUCUCAGAUAUGAAGGUCAUGCUUGCAUCACAGGCAUCCGCAGAGUCACCGAGUUCAUUCUUAAAAGUGUUGACUGCAAGGAGCUCAGGAUAGCAGCUUAUUGGGGGGUCACUGUGCCAAAUGUCAAAGCCUCAGUGCUUUUCCAAAUACACAAGCAAAGAAGGGAACGAAACCCACUAUGAUUUCCAGAGAAGAUGCUGGAAUCCUCAAGCCUUACUAUAAACAGCAACCAUUUGGUUUGAUGUUAUGGUUUUGGCAUUUGCAGUUGUAACUGAGCUUUAGACAACUUUGAUAUCCAACAAAGACAAAUAAAUAAAGGUCUCCAUGUCUAACCUGUUC